GUUAUUUGCUGAAAACAAACAAACAAAAAAUGGUCAUGAGUCUCUUUUUCUUUUAUUCAUUUCUCUGUUUUGUGUUGCUAAUAAGUGAAUGCUUUUCUUUUUCCUUUGAGCAUCAUCUUUGCUCUCCCACUGAAGCUUAUGCUUUGCUUCAGUUUAAGCAAUCCUUUAAAAUAUCUGAUUACUCUAGUUUUGAGUGUGAUACUUCUUUUCCAAAAACAAAUUCUUGGAAUGAGAGUAGGGAUUGCUGCAGUUGGGAUGGAGUCACUUGUAACUUAUUAAACGGUCAUGUUAUUGGGUUAGACCUUAGUUGUAGUCUGCUUGGUGGAAGUAUUCAUCCCAAUAGCAGCCUCUUCCAACUUCAUCAUCUCCACACACUAAACCUUGCUUACAAUGACUUCGAUUAUCCUUCUUCAAUCCCACAUAACAUUGGUCAAUUGACGAAUUUGAGGCAUCUCAACCUUUCUCAUUCUCACUUUGAUGGAAAAAUCCCAACAGAAAUCUCAUACCUUUCCAAUUUGGUUUCACUUGAUCUUUCUUCUUUUUAUGGUUAUGUUUUACAACUUGAUGAGAGAACAUUUGAAACAAUGCUUCACAACUUCACAAAUCUGGAGCUACUUUCUCUCUCUUUUGUCAACAUCUCAUCUCCGAUGCCUGUGAAUGUUUCUUCCUCCUUAAGGUACCUCGAUCUUGGUUAUACUAAUAUGCGAGGUGUUCUCACAGAGAGCUUUUUCCUUCUGUCAAACAGCUUGGAAACGCUCAAAUUAAGUGAUAAUGAUCUUCUCAAAGGAGUUUUUCCAAAGACCCACCCGAGCAACACUCUGUUAAUGGAGUUGGAUAUUUCAGGCACAGGCAUCUCCGGUGAGCUGCCUCAUUCAAUUGGCACCUUCAGUUCCUUGAAUAUCUUGAACCUCUAUGGAUGUCAAUUCUCUGGUUCCAUUCCUGAUUCCAUAGGAAACCUAACACAAAUUACGGAGUUGCUUUUAUCUUAUAAUCAUUUCACUGGCCAUAUUCCUUCCACAAUCUCUAAAUUGAAGCACCUCAGAAUUUUAUAUCUUUCUGACAAUUCCUUCUCAGGUGAAAUUCCUGAUGUUUUCUCUAACCUCCAAAAGCUAUACUAUUUAGAUCUUUCUGAAAACAGCUUCACUGGUCCAUUUCCUGCUUCAAUUUUAGGUUUGACACAUCUUGAAUACUUAGACAUGUCGAGUAAUUCCCUAUCUGGCCCACUACCUAGCAACCAAAGCAUGCUUCAAAAGCUAACUUCUGUGGAUUUGUCAUACAACUCACUGAAUGGUACCAUACCAUCUUGGGUGUUUAGCCUACCUUUGCUAUCUUCAGUGUCGCUCCAACAUAACCGAUUCAGAGGACUAGCCGAUGAAGUGAUCAAAACAAACCCAACAUUAAAACAACUGCAUUUAAGCAAUAAUCAACUCAGUGGUUCUUUUCCUCAAUCACUUGUGAAUCUCACAAACCUUAAAACCCUUGGACUUUCAUCAAAUAACAUCACCAUUGAUGAGGGAAUGAAUAUCACCUUUCUUAGCCCAUCAUCUUUAUUCUUAUCAUCUUGUCAACUGAAGGAUUUUCCACACUUCUUGAGAAAUGUAAAGACACUUGUGUACUUGGAUAUUUCUAACAAUAUGAUUCGUGGUCAAAUUUCUGACUGGUUUAGCGGCAUGAGGUGGGACAACUUGUGGUACCUAAAUAUUUCACAUAAUCUUUUGACAGGUUACCUACCACAAUUGCAUUUCCAUAAUCUAGGGUAUCUUGAUCUGAAAUUUAACUCCCUUCUGGGUCCACUACCCUCAUCCAUUUGUAACAUGAGUUCGCUUAUCUUAUUAGAUUUAUCACGCAACAACUUCAGUAACUACAGUUUCGUAUGAGGAUUCAUUGAGUUUGGUAAUCAAAGGGCAGGAUAUUGAGCUACAAAGAAUCAACACAAUUAUGACAACCAUAGAUCUCUCAAGCAAUCAUUUUGAAGGUGUGAUUCCGAAAACACUAAAGGAUCUCAGCUCACUUUGGCUACUCAAUUUAUCCCAUAACAAUCUCAUAGGUCAUAUUCCAAUGGAACUAGGGCAAUUGAAUACGCUUGAAGCUUUAGAUCUCUCUUGGAAUUGGCUCACUGGAAAUAUUCUGCAGGAACUGACAAGAAUGAACUUUCUGGCCUUCUUAAACGUCUCUCAAAAUCAUCUUGUCGGACCAAUUCCUCACGGUCUACAGUUCAACACAUUCGAAAAUUAUUCGUAUGGCGGAAACCUUGAUUUAUGUGGUCUUCCUUUAUCAAAGCAAUGUGGAACGAGUGAUUCAUCACAUGUUCCUCAACCAUUGGAGUCCGCAGAAGAAGGCGAGUCAUAUUUUUUUAGUGGAUUUUCUUGGGAAUUAGUAGUAAUAGGCUACAGUUUUGGACUUGUCGUUGGAACUGUCAUGUGGAGCCUCAUGUUUAAAUAUCGUAAGUCAAAGUGGUUUGUGGAAUUUUUUGAUGGACUCAUGCCUCACAAAAGAAGAAGGCCAAAGAAGAGAGCUCAGAGACGAAGGACUUAAUGGAAGCUUGAGAGGGCUAAAUUGUCUUUGUUUGAUUUUGUGGACUAGUGAACUGUUCUGUUUUUGUCUUUUUUUAAUUUUCUAUUUGUUGUUUGUAUAUGUUAGAAACAUAAUUAUAUGUGUGUUAUUGUAGUAUUCAAUUUAUGUUAGUUUGUUUCUGUUUCAAA